GACCUUCGCUGCCGUCGCCGCCGCCCGCGCCCGGCCGGGCUACUAGCAGAAGAUGGUGGAUCGCUUGGCAAACAGUGAAGCAAAUACUAGACGUAUAAAUAUAGUAGAAAACUGUUUUGGAGCAGCUGGUCAACCCUUAACUAUACCAGGAAGGGUUCUUAUUGGAGAAGGAGUAUUGACUAAGUUGUGCAGAAAAAAGCCCAAAGCAAGGCAGUUUUUCUUAUUUAAUGAUAUUCUUGUAUAUGGCAAUAUUGUCAUCCAGAAGAAAAAAUAUAACAAACAACAUAUUAUUCCCCUGGAAAAUGUCACUAUUGAUUCCAUCAAAGAUGAGGGAGACUUAAGGAAUGGAUGGCUUAUCAAGACACCAACUAAAUCAUUUGCAGUUUAUGCUGCCACUGCCACUGAGAAAUCAGAAUGGAUGAAUCACAUAAAUAAAUGUGUUACUGACUUACUCUCCAAAAGUGGGAAGACACCCAGUAAUGAACAUGCUGCUGUCUGGGUUCCUGACUCUGAGGCAACUGUAUGUAUGCGUUGUCAGAAAGCAAAAUUCACACCUGUUAAUCGUCGUCACCAUUGCCGCAAAUGUGGUUUUGUUGUCUGUGGGCCCUGCUCUGAAAAGAGAUUUCUUCUUCCAAGCCAGUCCUCUAAGCCUGUGCGGAUUUGUGACUUCUGCUAUGACCUGCUUUCCACCGGGGACAUGGCCACGUGCCAGCCUACUAGAUCAGACUCUUACAGUCAAUCAUUGAAGUCUCCUUUAAAUGAUGUAUCUGAUGAUGAUGAUGAUGAUGAUAGCAGUGACUAAGGACAUAUUUUGAAAUAUUUAAUUGGGUGUGACUACCUGAGAAAUCAGCUCUGGGAGAACAUAGAAUUCUGAGCUUUCUCUCAGUUUUGCUCUAGCCGUGAAUUUGCCUGAGAAUCUUUUAACCUAUGUGCCUCGAUAUAUUCUAUAGAAAAUAGGUCCUGUCAUUUUGUCCCCCCACCCCCACCCAACUCCCCGCUCUUCUACAGGGAUAGACUUUUGCAAAUCUACCAGAUAAAUUUUUGGUUUCUUAUUCUUGUUUAAUUUUAGAUUAUUUUGUUGGAAGGUUGAGAAAAGAUUUUUUUUUAACAGAUCAUGUAUUACAUUGAUGUUUACUAUAUGUUCUGUUAUAUGGAAAUACUAAAAGCAAAAAAUGAUGGAAAAAGUUGUAUAACGCAGUUAGCUAAUAUUAUUAGCUUUUUUCCUAACCAUUCUAUGUAAUGGUUAAGACACCAGUAACAAAAAAACGUGAUUUGAAAAUACUUUGUUCGGCUUUUUCGUAUACCAAGUGGUGCCUUAUCAUAAUAGCACUGUUAAAUGAAAUAAGCCCCUACCUUCUCACUUUUAGUUUGUUUUGAAAAUACACUGGUGCUCUUUGAGGUGAUAAAAUGAGUAUUUAUGAAUGGGUAUAAUUAGAAAAUACUUCUCAUCUGCAAGCUAAAAAUAACUA